AUGAAUCCGCCAACAACUCAGCCGUCCACGGGACAGACUUCUGGAGGAGAGCAGCGCCGUACUUCCAACAAAGACGCGUAUAUUGAGGAGCCCUUGAGUAACAUCCGAGAUGAAGACUUGCCGGCGGACGUGAAAGAAUUCCACGACGCAUGCCUACCCAAGGUUGACUACAACCGACUGCUCCGAGCUGCCAAAGUCGCCAAGGCCCCCAAGACGUACCAGGACAUCAGCAGAGGCUUUCGCAAUCCGGACGACCAUGGCCUGGUGGAUCUUAGCGACGAGGAGAAGGAAGCUCUGUGCGAUGAGCAGGACUCGGUCUUUUCGGAACGCGGUAUGCUGAUCGUCAUCUUCACCGUUUCCCUGGCAGCCUUUCUCCAAGGCCACGUGCAGUCUUCCAUCAAUGGAGCAUCGCUGUACCGUGAAAGACUUGACUUGUUUUGUUCUCCUAAUGGGACGACUGUGGACGUAGUAAAUGGCCUCACGGCUUCAUCUACGAAUGCAAGCUCCAUUGUUCAUCCCAUGGCACCCACUCGGUGCGACUGGGAACUUGGAGCCACCAACGCUACCCCCUUUCUUGCAGCAGCUGUUCUCGGCUGCUGGCUUGCUUUGCCUAUCAGCGAUAGGUUCGGCCGAAAGGGCUCCAUGGUCGUGGCGGCGGUGUUGGUUCUGGUGUCUUCCCUGCUUGCAGCCAUCGUCCCCGUCAUAUCAAUGUCAGCACCCAAGUGGACCUUGUUGCUGGGCAUCAGAAUUAUCAAUGGAAUCGGCAUGGGCAUCAAAGCUGUCAACACCCCGAUACUGGCUUCUGAGACAGCCAUUGGCUAUUGGAGAGGGACCUCGAUUCUCGCGUGGCAACUGUGGGUUGCCUUUGGGAUAUUCGUGGGUUUUGCGUUCAACAUACUUUUCUCAUUCGUCAAGAGUCGGGACUUCUCUGUAGCCCUCAUCCUCGGAGCGCCUGUUCUUCCAUCUGUCAUGCUUCUAUUUGCCCUCUGGAUCUGCCCCGAAAGCCCCCGGUGGUACAUGAGACAAGGACCCAACUACAACCCCCAAAAAGCCUAUAACAUCUUGAAGUCUUUGCGGAAGUGUGAGCUUAUCGCUCUGAGGGAUAUCUACCUCCUCCACAAGUCCAUCGAGCAGGAGCACAGCCAGAAUAAGCGACAGAGCACCGCUGAAUUUGCUAAAUCUAUGCGAACUGAAAAAUACCAACGCCUUGGAGACUUCUGCAAGCAGUACUCGCAGCUGUUUAGCAAAUUACGACUAAGGAAUGCAUUGAUCAGCUGCUCCAUCGUUGCGCUGGCGCAACAACUCUGCGGUGUCAAUAUUCUAGCCUUUUACUCUGGGACUUUUUUCGUACAUAUUCUGUCAAACGGCGAGAAAGAAAUCGACGAUGUCACUAAAUUAGCCAUGUAUUUCAGCAUUGGAUUUGGUGCUGUCAACUUCUUUUUUGGUAUUCCGGCCUUCAGAACAAUCGACACGAUCGGAAGACGCAAGUGGCUUAACAUCACCCUCAUCCCUAUGGCCUUACUGAUGGCCGCUGCAUCAUUGUCGUUCUUCCCAAUUAUGGAGAACCCAAGUUCCAACCAUACAACAGCUGCGCUAGUUGCAGUCUUCUUGUAUUUGCACACCGCGGUCUAUUCGCCGGGACUGGGACCUAUUCCGUUCACUCUAGCCGCUGAGAGCUUCCCGCUAGCUCAUCGAGAAGUGGGAUGCGCCUUUGCUGUUUCUGUCAAUCUUUUUUGUGCGGGCAUUCUGUCCAUAUGCUUUCCAGGAAUCAAUGCGGCAUUUAGCUCGCCAGGCUGCCUAGGUGCUUUUGCUGGUUUCAACCUCUUGGCCUUUGUUCUCGUGUUUCUCUUUGUGGAGGAGACAAGGCUCGUCUCCCUUGAAGACCUGGAUUUCGUUUACGCUGUGCCAAAGAGCACAUUCACCCGGUUUCAAGUAUUCGAAUACCUCCCUUGGCUAAUGAGAAGAUACGUCCAUUACCCCUUCCACCGGUACAUCAUGCGCCAACCGGACCAGGUUUAUUACUGCGGAGACUCAGAGAGCCUUUUGCCUUGCGGACCUCCACCACCACCCCAGCUCUAUUUCAAAGAGGUCGAAAACGGUUCGCUGAACACGGCCAAGCCGGAGGAAUUAAGACUCGAUUCCGACGACGAUCGCAAUUGAUCGUUGGGUAAUUGCAGGGUUACGUUGUAAAUUGAGAUGGAGCAGGGGCAAAAGGUCAC